AUGUCUGAACCCACCGAACCGUCUGCUCCCACACGCCGUCUUACUGCCAAGCUUGGCAGGCUCAACCCCUUCAAGUCGUCCAAGCGAUCCAAAGAGGAUGAGGACGAGGAAGACAUCGGCGAGGAUAUCGAUGACACCACUGUUGCAGGAGGCGGCCACUCUGCGUUUGACCAUACCCGCCAUGAUCUGAUGGUGUCGGAUGCCAUCAAGUCCUUUCUUGCUCGACAAGGUGUUUUGCCUUCAAAGGAUGACCCCGAGGGGCUAGCAACGUUGCUCGACCAGCCUAUGGUCAUACCGCCUGCGUCGGUGUUUGACAGAUCUCACCCCCUCACCGAGUACUUUAUCAGCUCCUCGCACAACACCUACCUGAGGGCCCAUCAACUGUACGGCAAAUCUGAUGCUGAUGCCUACAGGACUAUCCUGACGGCUGGGGCACGCUGUGUCGAGAUAGACGCGUGGGAUAAUCCCGAUGACCCGUCUGAGCCGAAGGUAACUCAUGGCUAUACUUUGGUUUCGAAUGUUCCUUUUCGGGAGGUUUGCGAGGUCAUUAGGAACUUUGUUGACUACCAGACGUCUGCUGGCGCAGCAGCAGCACCUAUUCUCCUGUCUCUCGAGAAUCACUGCAAUCCAAAUGGGCAGCUUCGGCUUGUUCAGAUCAUGAAGGAAGUCUUUGGUGACAGACUCUUGAGUAAAGCAGUCCGAGAAAAGGGACACGAAGAACAGUCCGAGUCGGACCCAGAAUCCCACGUGCGCCUCGAGGAGUUGGGCAACAAGAUCGCCGUCAUUGUCGAGUAUCACCUCCCCGGAGAGAUCGACACAUCCGAUUCUUCCUCUGAUUCCUCUUCUGACGAGGAGGAAGAGGCAAAAAAGGAAAGAGAGGAAUACAAAGCCCGCAAAAGGGAGACUGAAGCUGCCGUAAUCAUCCCCGAGCUGGAAGAGCUAGGCGUCUAUGCCCAGUCGGUGAAGCCAGGCGAUGAUUCAUGGUAUGCCGGCGAGGGCGUCCUCAGGAACAGGCCGCAUCACCACUUGAUCAACAUAUCGGAAGCGGGCUUGGCUCGGCAUGCCACCGACGAUGUCAACACAGCAGCAAUACAGCGGCACAACAGCAAACACCUUAUGAGGGUUUUCCCCAAAGGCACCAGAAUCUCGUCACGCAAUCUAUCACCCGUCUCAUUUUGGGCACUUGGAGCUCAAAUCCUAGCGCUAAACUGGCAGCGUUUCGACGCCAGCAUGCAGCUCAACGACGCGCUCUUUGCGGGAACGACGGGUUAUGUCCUCAAACCCAUGCAUCUUCAGCACUCGGGUGGUGGAAGAUUGGUCAAAACGAGGAAACGACUGAGGCUCCACGUGGCCGGAGCUAGUGAUGUUCCUGUUCCCAAAGGAAGGGAUUCGGUACUUAAGCCGUACGUGACGGUUUCAUUGGUGCAGAAGGAUGGCACAUCGUUGAAGCAGUCAAAGAGAAAGCAGAAGACGUCAGGUUACAAGAAGCAUGGGCUGAGAUCUGCCCUGGCUGCUCUUCACUCGAGCGAGGAGAGUCCAGCUGAGACGGAUCCGAUCUGGGAUGAAACUCUGGAAUGGGAGUUUGAAGACGACGAGCUGGUGUUUCUGCGCAUCUUUAUCAAGAGUGACGAUUCUUUUGCAAGCAAUCCCAUCUUGGCAGUUACCGCAGUACGAGUUUUGUAUGUGGUUCAGCGGGAGUGGGGAUUCCUCAGGAUGCUGGACCUAAAAGGGCACGAGACAGGUUGCACAUUGCUGGUUCGCUUUGAGAUAGAAGACUUGUAG